AUGAACGUACAAGCAAUGAGCACACAGGCCAUGAAUGCUCAGCCGGUCAUGUUACAGCCAGUGGGCCCGCUCCAGCUGCCCCUGAGCGCCGCGCAGCCGGGCCAGGGUCUGGCAGGCGCGAAGGCGAACAGUGAGGCGCAGGAGAACACGAUGGUGCAAAACCUCGACUGGUACCGGACGGCGGGUGUGACCCGACAGGUGAACAGCCUGGAUCAUGCGAACACGGUCGGCGGGACAGCCUGUGUGGUGGAGAGUGUGGAGAGUCUGGAGCAGCCGCCGCCUGUGAAUCCGACCAUUGUGCCCACGAAUCAGUUAGCUAGCUAG